CGAUUCGCCCAAGGGGAAGGGACUUUCACAUCAGCGAGUCAAUUUCACACUAGUGGUGGCUUCUAUAAAAGGGAGAUCAAGGACCUGCGACCGCAAGUGUGUCCUAAUUUCUUCUUCGUCUUCCUCUUCUUCAUCAGCAGUGAUUGGCAAACCAAUCGCCUUCUAGGCUGUGUUUUUAGCUUUCUCAAGGAGUCAUGGCAAAGCCUCAUGUCACCCUGGAGGUUGGAAACGACGGCGUUGCUGUCAUAUCCAUGUCCAAUCCUCCCGUUAACGCCUUAGCGCUUCCAAUUAUUACGGGGCUGAAGGAGAAGUUCGAUGAGGCCGCGAGAAGAAACGACGUUCAAGCUAUCGUUUUGACGGGCAAGCAUGGGAAAUUUUCCGGUGGAUUUGAUAUCAGUGUCAUGCAGAAGGUUCACCAGACUGGGGAUGUGUCACUUGUGCCUGAUGUAUCUGUUGAUCUUGUGGUCAACACAAUUGAAGAUUGCAAGAAGCCUGUUGUUGCUGCUGUGGAAGGACUAGCACUAGGAGGUGGCUUAGAACUAGCAAUGGGAUGUCAUGCACGUGUGGUUGCACCUAAAACUCAACUUGGCUUGCCGGAGUUGACACUUGGAAUAAUUCCUGGGUUUGGAGGUACACAACGUCUUCCAAGGCUUAUAGGACUGUCAAAGGCCAUUGAAAUGAUGCUGUCAUCCAAACCAAUCACAUCUGAAGAAGGGAUGAAGCUUGGUCUUGUUGAUGUUAUUGUGUCUUCUCAAGAACUGCUGAAAGUAUCUCGGCAAUGGGCUUUAGACAUCAAAGCGAGGCACAAACCAUGGAUGCGUUCUCUUUACAGGACAGAUAAGAUUGGCUCCCUGUCUGAGGCACGCAAGUUAUUGAAAGCUGCCAGACAACAGGCCAAGAAGACUGCCCCAAAUUUGCCUCAGCAUCAUCAGGCAUGCCUUGAUGUGAUUGAAGAAGGUGUUGUUCAUGGAGGAUAUAAUGGAGUUCUAAAGGAAGCAAAAGUAUUCAAGGAGUUAGUCAUAUCAGACACAUCAAAAGGUCUUAUUCAUGUCUUUUUUGCUCAGCGUGCGACAUCGAAGGUGCCUAAUGUUACUGAUGUUGGGCUCAAAUCUAGGCAAAUAAAGAAGGUGGCAGUCAUUGGUGGAGGUCUAAUGGGUUCUGGCAUAGCUACUGCUCUUAUUAUGAGCAACAUAUAUGUUGUACUGAAAGAAAUAAACUCUGAAUAUCUUCUGAAAGGAAUAAAGAUGAUAGAAGCAAAUGUUCGAGGCUUAGUAACAAGAGGAAAGUUGUUACAGGAUAAGGCAGACAAAGCCCUUUCAAUGCUCAAAGGUGUAUUGGAUUACUCAGAAUUCAGAGAUGUUGAUAUGGUCAUAGAGGCAGUUAUUGAAAGUAUUCCUCUGAAACAAAAAAUUUUUAUUGAAAUUGAGAAGGCCUGCCCUCCUCACUGCAUCUUGGCAACAAAUACAUCUACCAUUGACCUCAAUAUAAUUGCAGAAAAGACCAGCGCUCAAGAUCGUGUUAUAGGUGCACACUUUUUCAGUCCUGCUCACAUAAUGCCUCUUCUGGAGAUUGUACGCACGGACAAGACUUCUGCGCAAGUAAUUCUUGAUCUCAUGACGGUUGGGAAAUCUAUAAAGAAAGUUCCUGUUGUGGUGGGUAACUGCACUGGCUUUGCAGUCAACCGCACUUUCUUUCCCUAUACACAAGGUGCACAUAUUCUGGUCAAUUUAGGUGUCGACGUGUUCAGAAUUGACAGGGUGAUCAGCAAUUUUGGCCUUCCAAUGGGCCCUUUCCUGCUUCAGGAUUUAGCUGGAUAUGGAGUUGCUGUUGCAGUGGGAAAAGAGUUUGCUAAUGCAUUCCCUGAUCGCACAUUCUUGUCUCCAUUAGUUGAACUUUUAAUUAAAAGUGGACGAAAUGGUAAAAACAAUGGGAAAGGGUACUACAUUUAUGAAAAGGGAAGCAAGCCAAAACCUGAUCCUUCAGUGAUACCAAUCAUUGAGGAGUCUAGGCGGCUUACCAAUAUUAUGCCUAAUGGAAAGUCUAUAAGUGUCACCGACCAAGAGAUAGUGAAUAUGAUACUCUUUCCAGUAGUGAAUGAAGCAUGUCGUGUUCUGGAUGAGGGAGUGGUAGUUCGAGCAUCAGAUCUUGACAUUGCAUCUGUUCUGGGAAUGAGUUUCCCAGCCUAUCGUGGUGGCAUUGUUUUUUGGGCAGACAUGGUUGGAUCCGAACACAUAUAUACAAGUCUGAAGAAAUGGUCUCAAUUAUAUGGUGACUUCUUCAAACCAUCAAGGUAUUUGGAAGAAAGGGCAUCAAAAGGCAUGUUGUUGAGUGCCCCUGCUUCAGCGUCCAGAUCUCGCAUGUAGGCUAUAAUUCUGAAGAGAGUGCUCAAGCAUUAUGUGAUUCAGUGAAAUAAAGUUAAUUAUUUUUUUCCUUGUACUGGCAUAAAUCCAAAAGCAAUAAGAGUCUGGUUUCAGAAGAGGCUCAUUGUUUCAGAUGCUAUGUUCUUGGAACUCUUUUCCAAAGGCUAAAUUGAAUGAACGUUUUUUCUAGAA